AUCAUCAUCGCCAUCGUCAGCGAUACCAGCCAACAAGCUAGCAGUCGUCGAGGAAGACCGCAAGGAGCAGACACCAGCUGCCGUGCGCUUCAGCUGCCAGAAAGACGGCCAGCCAGCCAGUCGGGGUCUCGCCAAGGAGCCAGAUAGCCUGGGAGUGUGUCCCUUAGAUUUGACACACGGAAGAGAAUCAGAGCAGCGAAGAGAAGAGACGGGCAGGCAGCAUCGGAAGGAUGGCAGCUGAAUCAGCAAAUGGCGGCGCAGGGGCUGCAGCGGUGGAGAGCAUCGCCGAGGGGAUCAAAAAGGUCUCUAUUGACGUCGACAACCUCAAUCCGCUGAGUCCAGAGGUAAUCAGCAAGCAGGCCACCAUCAACAUCGGCACUAUCGGGCAUGUAGCCCAUGGCAAGUCCACCGUCGUCAAGGCCAUCUCCGGCGUCCAGACGGUCCGCUUCAAGAACGAGCUCGUCCGAAACAUCACCAUCAAGCUAGGGUAUGCCAACGCAAAGAUCUACAAAUGCGACAACGAGGCCUGCCCGCGACCGGGGUGCUACCGAUCUUUCCCUUCGAGCAAGCAGGACGACCCGCCUUGCGAGCGACUAGGGUGUGGUGGCACAUACAAGCUGCUGAGACAUGUCUCAUUCGUUGAUUGCCCUGGGCACGACAUUCUGAUGGCAACGAUGCUCAACGGUGCAGCCGUCAUGGACGCGGCGCUGCUGCUUAUCGCCGGCAAUGAGCCGUGCCCGCAGCCGCAGACAUCGGAGCAUCUGGCGGCGGUGGAGAUCAUGCGGCUGGAGCACAUCAUCAUCUUGCAGAACAAGGUCGACCUCAUCCGCGAAACUGCCGCCGAGGAGCACUGGAAGUCCAUCACGGAUUUCGUCAAGGGCACCGUCGCCAAGAGCGCGCCGAUCGUCCCCAUUUCGGCACAGCUUAAGUACAACAUCGACGCCGUGUGCGAGUACCUGGUCAAGCGCGUGCCGGUCCCGAUACGCGACUUCCGUGCGUCGCCCAAGCUGAUUGUCAUCCGCUCCUUUGAUGUCAACAAGCCUGGUGCCGAGGUCGAUGAGCUGAAAGGCGGCGUCGCGGGUGGCUCAAUCCUCAACGGUGUUCUGCAAGUCGGCCAGGAAAUCGAGGUGCGCCCGGGUAUCGUGACGAAGGACAACGAAGGGCGCGUGCACUGCCGGCCUAUCCACUCGCGCAUCGCUUCACUUCUUGCCGAGCAGAACCAGCUCGACUUUGCCGUUCCCGGUGGCCUGAUCGGUGUUGGUACCAAGAUCGACCCGACGCUCUGCCGUGCGGACCGACUCGUCGGGCAGGUUCUCGGCGCCGUCGGCCAGCUUCCCGCCAUCUAUACCGAGCUGGAGAUAAACUACUACCUCCUGCGCCGCCUACUCGGUGUCCGUUCCGAUGACAAGAAGCAGACAAAGGUCAAGAAGCUCGAGAAGAACGAGGUGCUCAUGGUCAACAUCGGCUCCACCUCCACCGGCGGGAGAGUGAUGAGCGUCAAGGCGGAUCUCGCCAAGAUCUUCCUCACCAGCCCGGCUUGCACUGAGAUUGGGGAGAAGAUUGCACUCAGUCGGAGAAUCGACAAGCAUUGGCGUCUGAUUGGUUGGGGUACUGUUCGAGCUGGUACGACCGUCGAGCCGGAGAAGUGAGGCGCAAGCGCCAUGUACCAUAGAUAGUACCAAGGUAUACACGUACGCACACACAUCUCCUCUCCCUUCCU